CGAAACUUUGAAGGAAUUGGGCGAGCCCUCAUUCAUUUUCCUUUCAACCCAAGCGAAAGUCACCGUCACAUUUCCGCGGGUAAUUCUCCUCUUCUCUCUCCAUCUCCUAAUCUGCUGUUUACCGCCGGCGACGAGGUCCUCUCGCAUGCAUCACAAUCUGCGGAAUCUACGAUGGCCGCUUCCCUAACGCGAUCCUUAAUUUCCCCUCUCCCGGGCCAAAUCUCCGCUAAACCCUCGCGCUCCACUCACUCGCCGCAGUCGUUGAUCUCCGUCAGACGGCACUGCGGCGUGUCGGUGCGAGCCUCCACCUCAGGCUCAGGCAACAACAAAUCGUACGAGGGCAAGAAUGGCACACAGGCGUUGGAGUUGAAGGUGGGCGAUGGAGCUGUUCCCGCUGCCUGCGAUGUGCUCACCAAGGAUUCGCUUCCGAGGCCUUUGACGUCGGCGCGACUGGCUAAUUCAGGCUCCGGUGGUUCUCGCCUCCGCGUUGCUUAUCAGGGGGUUUGUGGGGCGUAUAGUGAAUCUGCUGCUCAGAAGGCAUAUCCCAACUGUGAGGCAGUGCCGUGUGAUCAAUUCGAAACUGCAUUUGAAGCAGUUGAAGGCUGGACUGUGGACAGAGCUGUGUUACCCAUUGAAAACUCUUUGGGUGGGAGUAUCCACAGAAAUUAUGACCUGUUACUCCGACACAAGCUGCAUAUAGUGGGAGAAAUAAAAUAUGCUGUUCGUCAUUGCUUGCUAGCGAAUCCAGGUGUCAAAGUUAAUGACUUGAAGAGGGUUCUAAGUCAUCCCCAGGCUCUUGCUCAAUGCGAGUAUACAUUAACGCGGUUGGGAUUGGUGAGAGAAGCAGUGGAUGAUACUGCUGGUGCAGCUAAGUAUGUUGCACUCAGCAAAUUGGAGGACACAGGAGCUGUUGCUAGUUCGGCUGCAGCUGAAAUCUAUGGCUUAGAUAUAUUAGCAGAAGACAUUCAGGAUGAUUCUGACAACGUGACAAGAUUUCUGAUGUUGGCGAGGGACCCUUUAAUUCCGGGCACUUACCGUCCUUUCAAGACAAGCAUAGUCUUUUCACUUGAGGAGGGCCCUGGAAUACUGUUCAAGGCUCUUGCAGUUUUUGCAAUGAGAGACAUCAACCUUACGAAAAUCGAGAGCCGCCCUUGGAGGCGGAGUUCUCUGAGACCUCCUGGAGAGAACGCCAAUGGACUUCAGAAAUGCUUUCACUAUAUGUUCUAUGUCGAUUUCGAGGAAUCAAUGGCUAGUGAUAAUGCUCAAAACGCCCUCAAACAUCUGGAAGAGUUUGCAACUUUCUUGCGAGUUCUUGGGAGUUAUCCCGCCGAUACUACCAUGCUAUAAUGACAUUCACAUACAGUGAUGAUCGGCUUAGGCGAGAAACCUGGGUAUUUCGAGCCUCGACUUAGCUACUUCUUGGAUGUUGCCUUGCCCGUAAUUACAGAACGUUUUUGCAGAGAUGAAUAGAUCUUAAAGCAGCAAUAGGCUAAACUGAUUUAAUUUUCUACAACUUCCUUUAAAAUUUUCAUAUAGCUUCUCUGUUUGGAUUUGGUUGGAAAUGUAAGCUUCUCUGAGCAAUCUUUUCUCCUAUUUGGUUGUGGUAAAGAAUACAGUACAUAAUAAAAAGGAACAGAAACGUUUCUUGCUUAUAGAACACAGCUAAAAGAGAAUAAGAAACGGUAGACCAAAUGCAGAACCUAAACUGUAAAGGUGAAGCUGUAGACAAACAAGCGUUCCCCUCAGUUCUUUCUCCUCUCCAUCAAGCUUGUGAUCAGGUCGCGAAUCUCGCUUCUCAAUUUCCCAGCCGACUCCUUCGUCACCUGUUCCUUCACCGCGGAAAACCAAAGCUCCUCUUCACCGGCUGCGACGUCUCCGUUCAGUCCCGUGCGCUUGAGGUGUUCAUCAUACCAACUGCAGAUCGCCCUGGCAGUGGCAAUCACGAACAAUCCACAGUCGUAUCCAUUCUGCUGCAGGGGAGAAUCAGCGUGCUCCCUGUACUCCGCCGCGGCGGCAUCCUUCCCCAUCAGCUUGGCCAACACCGAGUACAGCCGCCGGGCGGGGCGCUUGUUCAUCCCUCCCAAGCUGUCGUGGUGGACGAAGACGUUUCUUCCGCUGUGGUACGCCAGCAAGCUCCAGUGGGACCCACCCUCGGCGACCUCCACGUCGUCGUUGUCGUUCACCGGGAACAGAACGAUCUUCCGCUCUGGUAGCUUCAGCGGCUGCGCGAAUUCGCUGAGGGAGUCGGCGUCGGGGCAGUUGGAUAUCCAGAAAGUGAUCGACGGCGGAACCAGCAGUACAUCUUCGGAGGGAAAGGAGGAGGAGGAGGAGGAGAGGUAGCUGAAGUAGAAUUCGAUGAUUCUGUCGUUCAAGAAGCGGGGGCCGCUGAGGAUGCGCAAAUCGGAUUGUCGGAGGACGGCGUCGUCGUAGCUGAGGAUUAUUUCGUCGGCGGCGGCGGAUCUGCUCAUCGUUGCGUCACAGAUUCGAUCUCAGUUGGUUUUACUGCAGGCUGGAAGUGGAAGGUUCGAUUUACUGGCGGUGGACGGUUAUCGGAGAUGGGGGGUUCGAGAGAUUGGAUUUUAUAGAGGAUGAUUGGUGGUAAAACUGUUUAUGCGCCCUGGCUUACGGGUUUUACGGGAAACGUGUAACGUGGGUGUAAGGGUGUGAAUUGUGAUGGGGGGAAUUAAUGGGGUUCAGGGAGAUGACGAAGCAAUUUAUGUGUGCUAAACUGUUAAUGUGAA